AUGCAUAGCUGUUCCGGAUUAGGUGAUCCAGCUAGAGUUGGUGUUCAAAAGGCAAUGAGUAUGAUUCGUCAAAGAGGCGCCUCAACGAUGGAAAAACCUGCUCAAAUUCGUGCAGCAGCGGCCAAAUGCCUACUAGCCGAAAACAAGUUCAACGUCAAAGAAGGAAAGAAAACAAUGCGCUCGCCAGUCCACCUACACGUGCUGAAAUUGUGUUUACAGAACGGUACAUGA